AUGAGUGAUGCAGCACUAUCAAGAAUAGCACAUAUGAUUCAGGUGGAAGAUGAUUUGGCUAAAGUCCAGUCAUUACGCCAGGAGUUUAUAAAAGAAAAAGCAUCAAUAGACGUCAAAUUGAAUAAUACAUCACAGGUCCAAAUUGAUACGGUGACAUCUAAUUUAAAAAAAUUGAACGACUCCGCAAAUAAGCUAACAUCCAUUAACGCAAAUUUAAAUAAAAUCAAUCAGAUAUAUGAGGAUUCUAUAACAAAUAUACCGAACUACUCCACUAUUCAGCAAAUGACAGCAGUCAAUCAAUAUUUUGCUCAAGUGCAGAACUUGUAUGGCGACAUCUCAAAUGUAAAGUCAUAUUGUGAUUACAUCAACGGAAUGAUUAAAGAAGAGCUUGAUCAAGUAACGAAAGAUACGUCAUACACCCUACCAAAUUUAUUGAAAAUACAUUAUAACUUGACUCAGGUCAGAAAUUUUCAGGAUUACCUAGAGAGAAAUUCAAGUACCUUGACAGAUGACUUAAAAUCAAUCGUGAAACGAAUAAUUUCUCCUAUCAGAAAGAUAAUUAUUGCUUUUGAUGAACUUUUCAAAGAAAUUAUAAUAAGCUGCACUGAGGCCCUAAAAGAAGGUAACACUGAGUUGGUUUGUAAAUUGAUCAAUAUUGUAGAAUACGAGACAGUGGAAGAUCUCAAAUUAGAGUUGAUGGAGAAACUCUCUCUAGAUAAUAGUAGAGAUAUCAGAGUUAUAGAUUAUGCUAAUUUCAGAGGAUUCAAAAGAAACUAUCAUAAGUUUUUUUUUGAUAAGUUGAAAGAAAGUUUAAUUGAAACAUUUGAAAUGUGCGUUGAGCACUUCAGUCAAGAUAAGAUGCUCGUAUUUGACAAUUUGAAUUGGCUUGAAGAUGAAUUGGUUUUUGUUGUUGAUACAUUAGAUCCUUAUUUUCCGGCAAAUUGGGGGGUAUGUUCUUUUAUCGAAAACGUUUAUUAUGAUAAACUACAUAACUUUACUAUGGAAAUAGUCAAAACUGAUCCGCCGGCUGAAGACUUACUUAAAAUACUUAGCUAUGACUCUCAUUAUAGUAAAUUCGUGGUGGCUCUUCACACUCCCUCAGAUGAGGAAGUGAAUCCUAAGAAAUUGUCUAGGAAUACAAUCAAUGAAAAAAAAUCAAUUAUUGGUGAUGACUUGAAGAAUGUUGUCCUUGAAGACUACGUUGCAGUAAUAGUAGCGAAGAUGGAGGAAUGGAAUGAAAAUUUAAUUCAACAAGAAACGAAAACUUUUAUAGAAAGAGAAGAUCCUCCUGAUCUUUACACGUAUCACCAGGUUAUUGAGGAUGAAGACGCUCAAGAUAAUUUAAUUUUGCUAGAGGUUGAUGGAGAAGUAUACGUUUUACCUGAUUUCAAGACGCCCCUUACUAUGUUGAAAGAACAAGCAGAUGUGGCUGCAGAUUCUGGUUACUCAAAGAUUCUUGUUGGUGUGAUUGAAAAUUGGUCUCGUUGCUAUAUUAAAAGAGCAAUUAAUUACCAAGAGGUCAUUGAAGAAGAGUAUGAUAAAUAUAUGUCAAUAUAUAAUAACGAGAGGUACUUGAUCAAAGAGAGCAAAACGAAGAGAUUGUUCAGAAGAAAGGCUCCCGAGCAACCUAUUGAUCUAGAUAAUAUGACCAGCGAAGAGCUCAGUGAAAUUUCAAGGCAAGGUUUAAUGGAAUAUUUGACAGCGUUGGGUAAUACCUAUGAAAUCAAUACAGAUCGCUUGCAAGAUAAAUUUCUACCUAAUUAUAUGAGUAAGGUUCACACAGCAUACCAAGAGCGAAUUGAACAAGCAUUCAAAGAUACUUUAACUCCUAGUACUGAGCUUAAUGCGCAGGUAAUUAGAACAAUUGUUGAUAUAAUAGUGAAUGAUUUGUAUCCAGCAUUGUCAACGGUAUUCUCAAAAUCAUGGUAUGAUGAUGGUAAAUCUCAGAAAUCCGAUGAACCAAACAUGGCAGAGAAGAUAGUAGAGACAAUCGCUGAGUACAUGGAAGAAUUGAGGGGUUAUGCUUCCUAUGACAUUUAUCUGGUCACAUUCAACAUUCUAUUAGAUACUUUCAUCUCUGCUUAUAUAAGAAUUGGGUACGAAAAUAUCUUACAUGGAUCUGGCAAAAAGAUAGACCCUAAGGCUGUGAAAAAGUUUAAAUCUUUCAGUGAAGGCGUUGGAAGGGAUGUUACCAUAUUUUAUGAAGGGCUCGAGUCUCUUUUUACUAGAAAAGACUCUGCUUAUUUGUUGAACAGCUUGCGAGCGAUAGAAUUUUUAGGAGAUUUGGCUACAUGUGAUGACCCCUUAGAUUUCAUUCCUCAAAUGUGGGAAAAUGAGAUUUUGGGGUCUUUUUACUAUUGCUCGGUAGAAUACAUUAGAGGUAUUUGUUUGUGUCGUAAGGAUAUGGAUAAAUCUACGACGAAUGAGGUCAUUUCGCAUUUGAUAACAAUUCAAGAGGAUUAUCAUAAAAGCAUUGAGCCCCCUUCUUUACCUACGGGAACAUUGAAUGACUUUUACUAUAACUAA